AUUCUUACAUUAACCAGUCCCAUCUACCAGAAUAAGAAAGUAGAAAAUGCGAUGUGUCCUGUUUUGCGCGCACUUCUUCGUCUAUCGCGAUCUCUCUCCAUCAGCUGUGUCGUUCGUCGAGUCGAAUGCGCGUUGCGCGUACGCCAGUCAUAUCUUUUCUAUUUUGCAUGAAGGCACUUCCUUGUAUUCGACUCCCCGAACGAACAUUAAAUGGUGCAGCGAUGGGUACGGCAUCGUGUGUUGAACACCUGUUGAUCUUGUGUUGAUCAUAACCAGAAGAAAUUCUCCAACGAGAUACACCGUCUGCGAUUAAUGCUGCCGGCUGUACGUUCUCAUCCGCAAGAGGUAAUGCCUCGAAGGUAGUGAGUGAAUAAAAAAAAAUGAGCCACAGGCUGAGCCUGUCCAAGCUGACAGGCAAGCCGGCCCCACAGCCGGCUCAGCCUCUCAUGUCGUUUCGUUACAACCCCGGGGACGAGGACAUUGAAGAGCUCCACUCGAACGGCCAGAAACGCGUUCCAUCUAGAGAAGCGUCGUUGGAGAGGCCAUCAAAGGCAGCAGAAGACAAGCUGGACACGACUUCUGCCUCGACCACACGCUCACACCUCGAGAAACAUACAGCAGACAUCAGUCGAGAGCAGGCAUCUGCCGAGAGCAAACGCAAGUCGUCCGAUGUCGUGCCGGCUGAAGCCGAAAAUAGUAAAGUGGAAGCAUCUCCCGUCAAGGACUACCUGUCCAAAUUUGGGAAGAAAUCUGCCAGCAUAGAGUCUGCCCCGCCACAAGCGGGAAUUCCGGUCGCCAACGAGGUGACGACCGACUCGUGGUUCACGGGGCUGCGCGAACGUCUCACCAAGCGCAUCGAGGGGAAGAUUCAGAACACCAAGAUCAGGAGGGAUGACGAAAGCAGCAGCAGGCAGAAGGAGGAAGACGGACGUCAGGCCUCCGACGACGAGAAGCCUUCGAGGUCAAUCACACCCGUGGACGACUGCCAGGAGGUGGUCGAAGGAACCAUUCCAAUGCCAUCCGAAGCCACAAUCGUCACUUACUCCAGACGCCACACACCUCCAAGGUCGGAGUCACCCCUUCGUACACCACAAGCGUCACUCGCCGACGAAGCCGGCGGACUCACCGGUGGCGCUCAGGAUCCCGAACUCAACAGCUGGGAGUUUGUGGAGCAGCCGGAGCGACCCCGAUCGUUGCCGGCCAAGUCCAAGGAAUCUACGGGCGAGUCGUCCAAGGCGCCAGCCGUGCCGCCCCCUUCCCCGUUUGUGCAGGCCAAGGAAUACGUGCAGUCGAACAUUGCGCGCGUCGCCAUGGCCUUUGUGGUGUUGGCGGUGGCGAUGCCGCUGCCUUCGUUUAUCAGCGGCUUUGUGAUGGGCAUCGUACUGUCAGCCCUGGGGUUUUCGUUUGCGUGGUACCUGCUCGUGCCGACGGAACCCAAGGUGCCCUUUGUGGUGCCGGAUUACAAGCACAUGCCCCCGCUGCGUGUGCCGAAGGGGAUGUCUUGCGUCGGUGACACCGUUCGUAGUGAUACUGCUACUUAUGAGGGUUGGAUGUGCCAGCUCCCCUUCUCCUUGGAAUACAAUGUGGAGACCCACCACAUGAACAACACCCAAUCUGUGAACCUUGUGCUGUGCGGUUCUAUCCUGCGGCUACGCUGGCCCAAGAACGGGGUACCGCGGAGGGCCAUGUGGAACGAGAAGCGCCCAGAUCCCAUUUUUAUAGAUCAUCGCCAUUACAACAUCUCCAGCGCUAAACUCAUGCUUCUUCCCGAGAAGCUUUCCAAGCAAAGAAUAUGGAACAGGAAAUAUCCCAUCUGCCUGGUGAUCCCAUCGGAAGAGCACCUGGAAGAGCAGGGCAAGGAACUUGCCACUUUCACUUCACCCAGUUCAAACGGGACCGAAGAGCAACAACAGAAAGCUCAGUCCAACCACACCGUGCUCUACCUGUUUGCACGGACCUGCCGAAGCAAGGAAGAGUGGUUCCACAGAUUUCGACACGCCAUCACUUCUACCUCUUUAUCUAAGGCAAAGAAAGCGCAGUUUGGAGAUGCCAUACCAACGAGCAUCUCAUUCGAGGUGUACAUGAGCGCGUUGAUGAUGAGACAUGGCGAAGAGCCCCCGAAGUCUCCAAAAGGUUCUUCAGCCCGCUUUACGGCAGGUCAUGCGGCACAUGGCACUCAGUCCUCUUCAUCUAUCCGACCGUCUCCUCAGCUGGUGUCAUCUCCUCCGAGCUACCAGUCUGAUACCCAGUGGAUAAACGUCCUCCUCGGUCGAAUGUUUCACGACUUCCUCACCCAUCGUGAAUGGGCCGACGUUGUGCGUGAACGCAUUCAGAAGAAGCUCGCCAAGAUCAAGGUACCCUUCUUUAUGGAAGAACUUAUGGUCACCGACAUCAACCUGGGCACUGAGCUACCCUACAUCCGGCGGACCUCGGAAGCCGUGUCGGAUGAGCGGGGGGUGUGGGUGGAUCUGGACUUGACCUACAGUGGUGCCUUUUCCAUGACACUCACCACCAAGCUAAACCUCAUGAGACUCAAGCGCUCUCAAGCUGAAGAAAUGCAGAGUUUUAGCUACCUCGAGAUUCCUCUGUGUGAAAGCGCUGGGAGUGAACCUCUUUCCCGCAGACGGCUGACGCUUUCCAGUAUCAACCAUGAAAACACAGAUGAGGACAGCGCAGUGUCAUCCGACGAGGACGAAGGAAAUGUGGAUCGAGCUGAAUCCAGCGCCAUAUCAAAGGAUCCGAGCUCUGCGAGUGCCGGCACUGGCAAGAAGAUUCUGGACCUGGUGGACAAGAUAGCGCAGUCCAAGUACUUCCAGCAGGCCACUGAGAACCGUUACAUCAAGCGCAAGAUGGAAGAGAUGUCCAACACUCCGCUGGUGCUCACGGUCGAGGUGGCUUACCUCAUCGGCACGCUCGCUCUCAACGUGCCGCCUCCGCCCACUGAUCGCGUCUGGUACGGCUUUCGUACUUUGCCCAAGAUGCAGCUUGUGGCAAAACCAAAGCUUGGAGAGAAGGAGGUGACCAUCGCGAGAGUUACUGAGCGCAUCGAGAAGAUGCUCUUCCUGGAGUUCCAGAGAAUUCUGGUGAUGCCAAACAUGGACGACUUUGUCCUUCCAAUCAUGCACAGCGAUGUUUGAUAGCUGCGGCGCCGGCCUUCAUCGUCGGUUCAUCGUCGGUUCAUCGUCGGUUCAACGUCGGUUCAACGGGUUGGGGGCACAGUCCCAGUGCGAAUCAACGUGCGACGUGGCACAACCCAGAGACAAGCGGGAAAAAUGUGUUUUUAUUUUUGUGUCGUCUUAUAGGUAUGUUUUCUUCACAAGACGGAACUGAAGUGCGCUUCUUUUCUAGGAAGGUCUCAUUGUGUUUUUCGUUGCAUCUAGCCAACGAGAUAUGUGCGUCUCUUUUCAAUGUUAGCAUAUAAAAACAAAUUACCGUAUUGGAGAUUUUUUUUAAUAUAUGCUCGUUUUUUUCCCUCGUAAUAUUAAGCGGCAGCUCGCAAUCAAAAUGUGGCGGCAAACCUUGGUUGCGUCUGCAAGGUUUGUUGCGUCGAGUCUGACUCGACGAAGGCGUGGAACCUGCAGGUGCAGACGGCGGAUCUAGAAGUUUCCACAGUAGGGUGAGUGAAUGUGCACAGAGCUGCGGGAUCAGCGACUUGUUAGGAUAUUCUCGUUUUUACAUUUGUACUGAGAGUGUAAAGGGCUAAAGUCAGAAUUGUUGCGCAGACCAUUGUGUCACCUGAACAAAAUACAUCUCUAUAAAAUAUAUUUAUGGUGGAAAAAAAGCGUCUGGAAAAAGGUGACCGCUCGUUGUGAUGUUUUGGGGCAAUUUGCCGAGCAUCUACCAGCAUCAAUACGUUUUUUCUAUAUGCCAUUACAAGAUGGAAAAUGAACAGGUUUGAAAAAUCGGAUCUAUUUAAACACUCUGCACACAGCUUAUCUUAUGUAUAGACCAUCCAUUAUCUUCUCUUAUAUUUAAACAUUUAGUCAUGUAUAGCGUUUUUGUAACAAGUGCAGCACAACUGAGAUUUUUUUUUUUUUUUUUGUCGCAUCGGAGUAGUAUUAGGGGAGUCUUCCGUGAAUUCUAGCCAGUCUUUCAAUUUUUGCAGAAUGAGUGGUUUUUGUGCAAGGACAAGAAUGUGGAGGGCAUUUUUGUAAUGUUGUAAGGCUUUUUAUGUAAACGCGUUAUAUACUGCAUGUUUGUAUAUUUCGUACGUGUACUGAACCGUAUCGAAUGUUCUAAUGUGCAUUUAUAGAUUAUCUCACCGUUCUAAAAAACUUCACACUAUCCAGUGAACACGUGUCCGUCCGCAACUUCUCUUCGACCCCUAGUCAUGUAAUGGAAUUAGUGUGUACUCCUUACACACGUGUUAUACACAUGCUGCCACAUGUGUAACAUGUUGUGGCAUGUAACACGAAGAGCAUUCCUGCUUGCAAACCAGAGCUUAUAUAGAUAUAUCCGUGUUAUGAAAUCUCAUUGGGAUUGCAUCAGUUUUUUUUUUUCAUCUAGUCUGCGUACUGAUUUCUCUCGAUCUCUCAAACGUGCAUUGAAAACGUUUUUAAUGGACUUUAGUGCAGUAUGAAGACCUGUGAAUUAGUUGGGAAGGUUAUUAAAUAAAUGUAAUUUCAGUUUGGUGGUUUUGUUUGUGAUAGUAAAGUGCAAUCUUGAAUGUCUGGCCCCGGUUAAAUAUGUUUUGCAAGUAUUGGACACGGUCUUUUUUAAUGUGUGUUACAGCUGGUUAUAGCACAUGAUCCCCCUUAUAACAAACAUUGGUACAAUAAUUUGUUAUACACAUGCAUUAUGUUUGAAGGCUGUCAAGCCAAAGGUAUUUGCCUUGUUGCGAAUAGGGAAACUUUGCAGUUGCCUUGCAGACAUCGCAUCUCGAAUUGCGGAGUAGACGUCAUCUCAGUUGUUGUUUUUUUUGUUUUUUUUUGUCUGGAAAGUAAUUCCCUUUGUAACAAACUACGAAGCUUUUUUGCCACACCGAUAGAGACUACCUACGUCCUGUUGCAGAAGUAACGAAUACCGCGCAAAGAUAUAACGCUAGGUUGACCUGUUGAGUGCCGGUGGAAUUCCCUAUUCUUAAUAAAAGGAGUCUUAAGUGUAAGAAAAACUACAUUGUUAUCAGCAGCAAUUCGGUAUAAAGGGAUGAUCGCAUUCGUUCCAGUCGAUUUUGAAACUAUGGUGUCAUGUUAUUCCUCGUCGACCACUGACCACGAUAUUGAAAAUCGUACGCGAAAUAGCGGCGUAGAUUCACGGUUAUUCGAUAGAAUACAUGACAAGAGCAGACGCCGGAUGUUGAGGGUAUUCUGGAAUUCCCUCUCUGGGAAAACGAGAAAACGUCACUCCCAAAGAGCCAAUGAGGGUGCGACCUUGAGAAGAAGAAUGCCGCGGGCGUUUUACAUGGACUCGAACCUGGUUUACAUGAACUCUACUAGAGCGGGUUGAGCCGAACCCGACCCGACGCUGUUUGCGUGAACUCUCUCUAACCGGAGGCGAUCGCAGCGGUGCCCAGCGAGUCGAGUCAACGUACCCCGUGCUGUCUGGUUGACGCGACGCGACGCGGGAUCGACACGACCCGACAGCGCUUACAUGAGCGAGUCGAACCCGACAAUCCAACUCGACCCGUUUCUGUCGAGUUCAUGUAAACGCGGCUAUAGAGUCGGGGGCGUCUGGACUGGACGGCGCCUCUCCCCUCUGAGCGUCACCCUCUCACGCUUCCGCUUAGGAAGUGACGUCACACCGCCGGAGCCGCAGAAGCAGCACUGCUCUUUAAAAUUCGUUUUAAGAAAUCGAUUUGAUGUCUAAGCACCUUUGGGACGAAAAAUUAGCCCAGUAUAUUUUCGGCCGGAUGCGACCAUCCCUUUAUAGGGAUUCGUAUGUACACAACGAAUGUGCUGCUAAAAUAUUGUUGGCUUUUAUUUAUUUAUUUAUUUCGAAGAGCUCACCUACACUUUUUGGAAUGUAUUAGACUUCAAGCUGUAGUACCUACAGAGAUUUGCAAUCACAGAACACCGCCGUUAUUGUGUGGUGCCAUUUCUAAACCUGUUUCUUUUUUUCUUCUUCUAUUUUAUUGAACUCCAAUCCCUGACGCUUAUCCACUCAUAUCACAUAUUGUCGCGUCUUACCGCGACGAACCUUUCGUCGACAAAUACGUGGUGCAGUUAUGAUGGAUAUUAUGUGCAGCUGUGUGUCUACAAGUAACGCUGACGCUUUCAUUCGGUUUGUCUAUGUUCACCUGCAUAAUGUGAUGGAAAGAACACGGUAUUUUUCUGAACGUGUGUUUGUAUGACAAUUAAAAUGUGCUAUUUAUUAGA